AUGGGGUAUUGGCUCAGCGCAGCGUGCCACGGCAUGGCCGCCGGCUCGCAGCAAGGGGAGCGCAGGGCCCUCGCCCGUGGCUCCGUCCUCCGCUUCGUGCUCAACCCCCGGGCCGCCAUCCCCCUGCAGUACGCCAUCGCCAACGCCGCCUCCGUCAUCUCCGCACUGCUGACCGUCUCCUGUGGAAUAGCUGCCCUCAUGCUGUCUCGCUACCUUGCCCCCGCCGCCCUCGCCGUCGCCCCGGUCUCUCGCGAAUGCCCCUUCGAUCCCACCCGUGUCUAUAGCUCGACGCUGUCCCUCUGGGCCAUCUCCCUCUUGCUUGACUCGAUGGAGAUCGUCUCCUUGCAGGUGGCCCCCGCGGAGAGCCCUGACCCCGGGCAGUGCCUGGGCUUGCUGAGGCUGGACAGUGUGGAAACCGCCCAGCUCUGA